AUGAGUCGGGGAGCGUUCGCGCAGGCGGCGGCGGGCUGGCGGACCCCGGCCCUCAGCGACCCCGGCUCCGAGGACCGCAUCGGCGCCCGCCGCCGUCGCAUCGCCGCCCGUCUCGUUGGCAAGCGCCGGGAGGCCCUUGGAGAAGAUGUGGAGCCGAAGGUGGCUGAGGAGGAGGAAGAGCAGAGAAGGAGCCAUAAACAGAUUGAGGAGAGCAGGCAGAGGCUGGCCAAGCUGCUCUUUGAUGGCACGCAGAUGGUGACAAAUAUCCAGGUGGCUGCUGACUUGAGGGAAACACAGAGGAGGGCAGAGGAGGCAGAGCUGAAGCUGAAGAGGGUAGAAAAGCUGGAGAAUGAAGCCAAGUCUAGCACAUACAAGUUUGAGGAGAUCACCUCCAAGUGGGCCUUGGCCAAGGAGAUGACGAUUCCGCAGGAACUGUGGCAGCUGCUGAACCAACAGCAGCAGCAGUGCGCCCUGCUUCUGGAAGAGAAGAACAAGCUCAUCGGUGACCUGCAGCAGGAGCUGAAAAACAAAGAUGAGCAAUACGUGCAGGCCAUUAAGAAGCAGUCGGAUGAUAUCCACCUGCUUUUGGAGAGAAUGGAGGAACAGAUCAGGCUCAUGCUGAAAACUUACCGUCACAAACUCCUGCAGAUUGAGAAAGCUUUUGAGCUCGAACGGCGAGAGCUGCUGGACAACAACAGGAAGAAGUGGGAGGAAGCCAUCCAGGCCCACAAUGCACAGGAGCUGGAAUACCUGCAUGCCCGUAUGAGGAAGGUGGAAGAGUUUGAGAAACAGCUGAAUCAGCUGCGGUUGCAGGAUGAGGAGGAGUAUAACAGCAUGAAGAUGCAGCUGGAGAACGAUGUGGAGAACCUGGAGAGGCAGCUCCAGCAUAUGAAAGCCGUCUACCAGCUGAACCAGGAGAAGCUGGAGUAUAACCUUCAGGUGCUUAAGAAGCAGGAUGAGGAGAACACCAUCAUCAGAUCCCAGCAGAAGAGGAAGCUCAACCGGCUCCACAGCUUGCUCAAUAGCCUGAGAAUAAAACUGGCCAACCAAGAGAAGCAGUUCAGAGAGGAGAACCAGAGCUUGGCAGCCGACUGCAAGCGCAUCACGGAGCAGUGCAAGGAGGUGCAGAGGAGGAUGAGGCACUUUGCUGUCAGCGAUGCUGAGAAGUUCACGGAGGUCUGGAUUAUGAACGAGGAGGAAGCCAAAGGGCUGAUGCGGAAAGCCCUCGAUGCAGAUCGCAUCAUUCACACCCAGCAACUGGGGCUGCCCUGGGAAGAGCCUCGUUACUGGUUCCUGAACAACAUCGGCCCCCUUGGGCAUUACAAGGCGAAGAGGAUGGCGACCAAGCUGGCUGCAGAGGUCCUGACAGAGAGCAGCUCUGGGGGACAGGAAGAGGAAGGGAGAGCGAAGGAGAAGGAAGAAGUGGAUAGUGGAGAAGGAGGAAAAGAAAAUACAGUGAAGGUUGAGGAUAGAGCCACACCUCUGCGAAAUAUCUCCAAGAAGACUGCCAAGAGGAUCCUGGAGCUCGUGAGCGACGAGUCGGGUUUCCUCAUUGAGAGCAAGCUGCUGAAGCCCCUGCAUGCUCUGGGGAGGCACGAGCGUACCCUCAUGAAGCUCGACUCCAUCUUUGCGGCCCUCGAGAUCGACAGUGAGGAUGACCUGUACCAGCUGGUGGAUUUUUUCUUGAAGUACAAAGCCCAGGAGGUGGCUGUCAGCCAGAGCCGGAGCGGCCCAGGUGGAGAACAUGACACCGAUCUGGCUGAGGACAGAGAGGACAGUGGAUCUGGUGCCCAGAGGGACAAGCUCAAAUCCCCUCGGAGCUCGCUGGGCUCCCUUCCAUCUGUCUAUAUCCACGCUGAUGAUGUCCUAAAGAUCCUGAAAGCGUUUGUGCGGGAUUUUGGCAAGCUGAGGGAGAAGGAUGGAUCUGCAAAGGAGGUGCUACAGGUACGGGACAGCUCCAAAGACGGGGAGUACUGGGAAGCCCUGGCACACGUUAUCCCAGAGCCGACGUUGAAGCUGUGGGACGCGCUGAUGGUGGCACUGGAGGAAUAUUACCAGGUCCUCACUCGCCGGGCCAGCCUGCUCGCCGAAGCAGCCACCCUGCAGCAGCAGAACUCGGAGCUGUGCCUGCUGCUGGAGGAGUACCUCAGCUCCGGGGUGAACAGCAAGCUUCUCUCCCCUCCCACACAGUGGAUGGACCUGAACCUGUCCUGCCCCGGGGAAGCGCAGUGA